AUGACAUCAAACAUCUCAAGAGGCAAAAGGGAGACACUAAAAGGCAGUCCAAUCAACUCACUAUCACCAUUCGUAGAUCAGAAUGGAAUUUUGCGUGUAGGAGGUCGACUGGAGGCGGCAAAUAUAUCAUUCGACUCCAAACAUCCGAUACUUCUGCCAUACAACGACCCUGUUGUGAAGAUGAUUCUUGUGCAAAUACACAAGGACAACAUGCAUUGCGGACCUCAGGCUCUAUUAACUACAUCAAGGCAGCAAUUCUGGAUCCUUAAAGGAAAAACUAUGGCUAGGAGCACGGUAAAAGCCUGUGUCAAGUGCACUAAAGCUAAGCCAAAAUUAAUGGAGCAGAUCAUGGGAAAUCUGCCACCACUUAGGGUAACGCAAGCUCGACCAUUUUUCAACUCUGGCGUCGAUUAUUGUGGACCAUUUAAAAUCCACUACAAAGUGAGAGGAAAAAGAAGCUUAGCACAGCUUACAUUGCCAUAUUCUGCUGUUUCGCGACUAAAGCUGUGCAUCUCGAGCUGGUUAGCGAUCUCGCAACAGAGGCAUUCUUGGCAGCACUUCGUCGUUUCAUUGCCCGGCGAGGAAAUGCCAAGCUCUUCACUGCGACAACGCAACAAAUUUUGUGGGAGCAAAAACAAGUUGCAGGAAUUACAGGAGGCUAUAUUCUCCGAUAAUGCGAAAACCCAAAUUCUCCAGGAGUGUAACAACAAGGGAGUUCAAUUUAAAUUCAUUCCACCUCGUGCACCACACUUCGGAGGAUUAUGGGAAGCUGCAGUAAAGUCGGCAAAACAUUUAUUACUAAAAAAUGUGACGACAGCCGAUCUUACUUAUGAAGAACUGGAAACAGUUAUAGUCGAAAUAAAGGCCAUAUUGAACUCUCGACCAUUAACACCACUGUCCGAUGACCCAAAUGACGUUACAGCACUAACGCCCGGACACUUCCUAAUUGAGAGCCGCUAA